AACAGUAACCUUCCCUUUACCAGUAUUUUCUUAAGCUUCACUUGAUAUUAGCAAUAAUCAACAAUCAACAAUCAACAUUCAAAAAUCAAGAAAAAGAACCGAGGUUCGGAUAUACAAGGGUUUAUGGUGUUUUUUCUCUCUCUUCUUCUGCUUGUUUCUUCAUUUCGAGAACUUUUUUUAUUGCAUGCCAAACGGAAGGUUAGGAAUUUUUAUACAUUUCAUUUUUUGUUAUCAACAACUCCUUCAUACCUCAAAUAGAAGAGAUUCAUUAUCUUCUACAGUCUUCAUAAUUCAAUAAGUCUCCUCUUCCAGUUUGGCGGAUCUGGCUGCUUCUUUUAUACGUAUCAGUUUUCUGCCCUUUCCUAAUUUGAUAUUCCUUUCAAUAUCAGAUCAAAGUUUGGAGAUAGUCUUCUAUCGCAAGGCUUCACUCUAGUUCCCAUCUCGAAAAUCCCUCGAAAUCCUCGAAAUCCUAUCGAAAUCUACCAAAUAUGGCUUCCGCAACUGUCCAUUUCUCAAAACCUUCACCUUCUCUAUUUACAUUUCCUCCAAAGAAUGAUCCUCAAACUUUACCCCCUCCGAUACCAGGUUCAACACUUUCUGCCCCUCCUUUCGCGAUCGACCCCUCAUGGUUUAAUGCCGCCCUCGAUGUUCGAGUCCCAAUCACAAUUGCAGCGGUUUAUGCAGUAACUGUUACACUCGUCAAUCAUUAUAAUAGACGCGCUGGGAAUAAACCAUGGUCAAUCAGUAAAACCAAGGCUUUCUUCGUCUUCGUCGUGGCACAUAAUAUCUUCUUGGCCGUAUACUCUGGAUGGACUUUUAUUGGCAUGUUUGGAGCUCUCAAGAGAUCAAUUCCAAAUCCCAUGGGUCCAGCUGGUUUCACAGGUACCGUCGAUAGUUUAUGCAAAGUUCAUGGAGUUACUGGUUUGGAUAAUGCUAUGACUUAUAAUGCGAGCAUGUCAAAAUGGACCGCUGAAUUACCAACCGAAUUCAAAUUGACCAGCGCUGGAAUUCCAGAUUCUACUGAUUUGGGUAGAUUAUGGAAUGAGGGUCUUGCAUUUUAUGGAUGGUUCUUCUAUCUUAGCAAGUUUUAUGAGGUUCUUGAUACCGUCAUUAUUUUGGCAAAGGGAAAGAGAAGUUCGACUUUACAAACUUAUCAUCAUGCUGGUGCUAUGAUGUGUAUGUGGGCUGGAAUUCGAUUCAUGUCACCACCAAUUUGGAUGUUUGUAUUUGUUAAUUCUGGAAUUCACACAUUGAUGGUAAGUUUAAAGGUAUUUUUGAUAUCAAUGAAGACUAACAUUUUACUUUAGUAUACCUAUUAUACACUCACAGCAUUUUCCAUACCUAUCCCACAAGCUCUGAAGCGCAGUCUAACAACAAUGCAAAUUAUUCAAUUCCUCGUUGGAGCUACCUACGCUACACUUCAUUCCUUUAUCUCCUAUACAGUAUCUGUUAAAGUUCCUUCCAUUCCAGCCACCAUCUCCUCUGUUGUGUCUUCAGCAUCAGUAGUCGCUACUUCGGCCGCAGCAAUCGCAACCUCAGAAGGUGUCUCGGCUUUCAUCAAAAAACUUCUCUACCGCGCAGUUGGUGAAGAAGGUCUAGCCGAAAAUGUCAACGCUCCAGCUUUUACAGAAGCCGCUCAAGCACCUAUUGCUUCUCAUAAAUCACAUUCGAAAAUCACAUAUGUCACUGAAACUCGUACAAUUCCUUGUAUUGAUACUAGUGGACAAACAUUCGCCGUUUGGCUUAAUGUAGUUUAUCUUACUCCAUUGACAUUCCUAUUUGUAAGAUUCUUUAUCAAAUCUUAUAUCAGGAGAACAUCUGGAGGUGGAAAGAAAUCAGGAAGGAAAGCUAGUUUUGUAGCAGCGGAAAAGGCGGGAUUUGAUGCGUUGAAGGGAGUGGAGAGGGAAUUGAGUAGAGGAGAAAAUGCACUUGGGGGAAAGUUUGAGAAGAUUUGAGUGAGGGGAGAAAAGGCGGAAGAGAAAUGGAUUGAUGUGGAUCGGAAAAAAAAUGUAAUAGGAGGUUAGGAAGGAAUCCGUACUUUGUAUUUGGGUUUAUUAGGUCUUCUCUUCUUUUGUGAAAAUAUGUUUAAAUGUGAGACGAAGGGGAAGAAGGGAAGAAAAAGGAGUUGGAAUUGAAUUGAGUUCGAAUGAAUGAAUGAAUGGAUUAUAAAUCGAUGAAUGAAUAAAAAAUAAAAAUAUAAUAUAAGAUAAACAUAAAAAAAGGAGAGA